CGCGCGCUUCUCGAAAACUUUCGUAUUUUUAUUUUUUUUUCACCUUUUUGCAUUAUUUUUUUUUUCUCCUUCCGAGGGGGCUGGCACGGGCCGCGUGAGCUUUCCUGUGACCACGUAGAAAAGUUUGGCUGGCACCUCGGAGCGCUUGACCAGGGUGGCUUGGCAAGGUGCAGGACGUCGCCUGCCAAGUCUGCAUCCCCACUGACCUACCACCAAGGUUGAGCCUGCCAGGACUGUCAUCCUUGACAGAGGAGCUUUGUCAGAGUAGCUGCUACUGAUCCUCCAACUAUGAGAACUAAAUUGGAAGAAUCAUCUCUUUCGAUGUGAAGACUUCAUCGCGACCCUUAGCCUCUAAGGAAUAAUACGAUUGCAAUAACUGCUUUUGUAUACACUGACAUUUAUUUGCAAAAAAAGGAAAAAGAAAAAGAAAAAAGCCCAACAAACCUUUAGAAGACUUGUGUCAAAUGACGUCAAUGGCCAGUUUGUUCUCCUUUACUAGCCCAGCUGUAAAGCGCCUGUUGGGCUGGAAGCAGGGAGAUGAAGAGGAAAAAUGGGCAGAAAAAGCUGUUGACGCUUUGGUAAAAAAACUGAAAAAGAAAAAAGGUGCUAUGGAAGAAUUGGAGAAAGCCUUGAGCAGCCCCGGACAGCCCAGCAAGUGUGUUACUAUCCCCCGUUCUUUAGAUGGGCGACUUCAGGUUUCUCACCGAAAAGGCCUUCCCCAUGUAAUUUACUGUCGUGUUUGGCGUUGGCCUGAUCUACAAAGCCAUCAUGAGCUGAAGCCAUUGGAUAUUUGUGAAUUUCCUUUUGGAUCUAAGCAGAAGGAAGUCUGCAUCAAUCCGUACCACUAUAAGAGGGUGGAAAGCCCAGUUCUACCUCCAGUGUUAGUGCCUAGACAUAGUGAAUUCAAUCCACAGCACAGCCUACUUGUUCAGUUCAGGAACCUAAGCCACAACGAACCACAUAUGCCACAUAAUGCGACAUUUCCAGAUUCCUUCCAGCAACCCAACAACACUCCAUUUUCCAUUUCGCCAAACAGUCCCUAUCCACCUUCUCCAGCCAGCAGCACUUAUCCAAGUUCCCCAGCUAGUUCUGGACCAUCUAGUCCAUUUCAGCUACCAGCUGAUACUCCACCUCCUGCGUAUAUGCCCCCUGAUGAUCAGAUGGGGCAGGAUAAUUCUCAGUCCAUGGAUACAAGCAAUAGCAUGAUCCCUCAAAUCAUGCCGAAUAUAUCUACCAGAGAUGUCCAGCCUGUUGCCUAUGAAGAACCCAAACACUGGUGUUCAAUUGUGUACUACGAAUUAAAUAACCGUGUUGGGGAGGCUUUUCAUGCAUCUUCUACAAGUGUCUUAGUAGAUGGGUUUACAGAUCCCUCUAAUAAUAAAAACAGGUUCUGCCUAGGUUUGCUCUCAAACGUUAAUCGCAACUCRACAAUUGAAAACACUAGACGACAUAUUGGAAAAGGGGUUCAUCUCUACUACGUUGGUGGAGAAGUCUAUGCUGAGUGUUUAAGCGACAGCAGCAUAUUUGUACAGAGCAGGAACUGCAACUACCACCAUGGCUUUCAUCCCACAACCGUGUGCAAGAUUCCUAGUGGCUGCAGUCUAAAAAUUUUUAACAAUCAGGAGUUUGCUCAGCUGCUAGCUCAGUCUGUCAACCAUGGGUUUGAAGCCGUGUAUGAGCUCACCAAGAUGUGCACCAUUCGAAUGAGUUUUGUAAAGGGUUGGGGAGCUGAGUAUCACCGACAAGAUGUCACGAGCACCCCGUGCUGGAUAGAAAUUCAUCUUCAUGGGCCCCUGCAGUGGCUGGAUAAAGUACUUACACAAAUGGGUUCUCCUCUUAACCCCAUCUCAUCUGUUUCAUAGUGCUGAGAUACUAUCUUCAACCUUAUUUUUAGUGAACUUAUUCUAAUUCUAGAGAAACUUCCAGUGUGGAUACUGUGAGCUAUAUGGAGAAUGGAUCUUACAGUUUAACUUUUUUUUAAUCCCUUUGUGACCAAUUCCAUUGUGUAUAGCUGAUCGAUUUUACAUUUCAAUUUGUUCUUGUGAUGCUUAAGUGACAGUGGAGCCCUAAGGGAAAAAAAAACAGUCUAUUGAAAAAUUCAGAACACUUUUCCCCUUUAUCAAGUAGAACUUAGAGGCAUAUGUCUUAACUGGAAAUAUUUUUUCUUUUUGAACUGUAGGGACAAGWAUUAUGAAGACUGAUUUUGGAAAAUAAAUACAUAUCAUAGUUUUGGGUUUUUUUAAUGUUUAUAAAACUGAACAUGUGCAGCUGCAGCUAGCAAGCUGUAUUUUAGGGUAGUUGCUAAACAUCUUAAGAUUGACAUCUGUCAUAAGCGAAAGUAGACUUUAUCACAGCUAAUUUGCCUCAGAUUGAACAAURUGAUUUUUUUUUUAAGUGUAUACAUGAAAUAUACUUUUUACAAAUAUUGGAGUGGUUGAAAAACACGUGUAUUGUCUAUUGGAAAAUGCUGUCAUAAACACACUGUGUAUUAAUGCAGAAUAGCAAAUCCUAGCCUUUUCCCACUUCAGUUUUGUAAUACUGCUUUUAACCACCAUUUUAAAUAGCCAUUGAUACAAGGUAAACAUGCACGUUUCUGGACUAGUAACUCUCUUGCUUUAAUUUACACUCAUGCCUUUUGGAUCUGGUUGCCAAGGCCUAUUUCUUUUUAGGUACCCAUCUCUAUUUUAACAUAAACACUACUAUUUGUAAAUGACAAUUCUUGCUACUUUUUGGAAGGAUUUUUUUUUUCUUCCUUUUUGGUGUUUUGCCUGUUUAUUCUACCUGUCUGGAAUUAAUCUGUUAGUCCUUUUGAUCUCUCAGUAGACAUUAUGCAGUAUUUGUGAUUACACUGUAUUUAAUUCACUUUCAGUAUGAGUUUGAGUCUCUUUGAAGACUGCGAGUGGCUUAACAGAUUAGUAACUGAAUGCAGAAGCUUUUACUUCUAGAUUGUGCAAUUUAAUACAGAGGUGUUGGUAAUGACCAAAAGUAAUCACUUUUUUUGUAGUCUACAUGAAACAGUGGUCUCGACCUGCCCUUAAUGGCAAGGGUUCAAUCAGAAGAGUCGUAACUGUAAUUGGCAGCUUUAGGGAAUUGGAAGGAGUGUGUUAAUAUGAUGAUGAAAUUACUGUCUCACCUAUAAGGAAUCCUACUGCCUGUGUUGUUUUGCUACUUGGUAGAGGAUUUCAACACUAAAAUAAAUCAGUUAAUGCCCUUUAMAUAAUAAUAAAAAAAAAUAGGUUGAAAGAGAUAUUCUAAGAGCAUUAAAAGUGAAUUAUGUACAAAACUUCUUUGCAUGCAGAAAAAGGCCUGUUGUAUUUUUUAACUCCUUAUUGUCAUACCUCUUUUCCAAACAUCUUUUCAGAAAGGGUUCAGUGUUUGGGGGAAAGAGGCCAAAAACUCUAAAAUGCAAACCCUCAUUAAAAGGUGUGUUGCAGUUAACUACAGCAAUCCUGAGACAUCGUUUGCUUACACAAGUUCUUGUGUCUUCUUUGGAGUGACAGAGCUUCUGCUCAAACAUGGGAAUCGUGCAUCAUAUGGUACCUAAAUGCCACAUCACCUUAAAGGAAUAAAAUUGUUUACGUGUCAUGAAAAUGUUUCUUAUGGAAUGCCUUAAAGGAAUAAAGAAAACCUGUAAUGCUUUAUCAGAACCCUAAUGCUCUCUUGUACAGGAAUUACUAUAUCAUGUUUUUAAAGCAGUUUUUUCAGUGUGUUUAAAAACAAAAGUGUAUAUUCAGGAAAAGGGAAUAAUAUUGCCUGCUACUCACUCUUUGGAUCUUUCAUUCUUCAGAACCGCAAUCCACAAAUGGUUCUCUUGGUUGAAAAAGGUGCAAGCUCAGCUGGAUCCAGCUUCUAUUUCUUCUCUCCUGGCCCAACUUUUGUCAACUUAAUGCAUAUGUAUUUUUGACACUACAGGAUUUUAUUUUUUUCUUGUUUAGCUUUUAUUAUAAAUAUCAUGGCACAUUGCAUCAAGGAGAGAGAUUCCAGUUGUAGGUACAAGGUUUUACUUCAGCCAAAAUAUAUUUCACCUGGCUUCAUCUCUGCUCACUUGUGUGUUUAGAUGUGGCCAACUGAUUGGAAAAUGGGUGCUGCGGUGGGAUGGUCAUGAGCCAGAGCUGGUGCUCUGCACUAGUUUUGUGGUUAGCUUGGCUGCCCAUGCACUGAACCAUACUUUCUGCAGUGCUAUCCAGUUAACCUACUUUCUGUGCUGUCAUUAAGUACUAAAUUACACUGACUGGCAUUUUUCUGCUCAUGUACAUAUUUUGGAAGUGUGAYGUAUGCAGUGCUGGGGAUAUCCUUGUGACUGCUAUCCUUUUGUCAGGAUAGAUUUGCAGGGGCAGUCCCAGUAAGACUUGUCUACGUGCUGCUUUUCUUUUAAGUAGAACUCGAGAGCUUUCUAGUUAGCAGAUUGUGUGCUGAUGGUUUGUGGUGUUAUUCAUCAUGCUUGGAUUAUCAGUGCUACUGAUAAAAGAGAAAUCCUGAUAUCGGAGCACAGCUGGGUUGGAGGAGAACUUUGACGCUAAUUAUGUGCUAAAUAUAGUGAUAAGAGAUUGCUGCUCCUGUUACACUGUUCUAGUGUUCAAGUUGCUUCUGGAUCUAAGUGGAAGGAUGGAGAAACUGGCUCAGCCAGGAGGAUUUUAGUGGAAGAUGGAGCCUUUCCAGUUCAACCCAUCUCAGAGUGAGUCUCCUUCAGUGAAAAUUGUUUGGCUUUUGUAGUGUAGGUGAAUUUUUCCCAUUGAGGCAUUUCUCUAUUUUGCACCAACCACAGCUCUUAAACUAACAGCUCUGACCGUAUCAGCAAAAUGCCUAGGACAGACAUGGGCUGAGURAACUUCUCUCUGGGCUUGCUUUAUAAGUCACUAAAAUAGUCACAUAGUAGCUUGAAUUUUCCUCUUUGGAGGACUUCAGUCUUCCUGGCAGCCAAUCCAGCGCCUUGCAUAUUACAUUCAUUUAAGUGUAUUAGGUGUGAAGCAGUUGUACGUAAAGGGAUGACAUUGGGUUAUAGUAUCUACAGGACCAAAAGAAAACUUUCUAGUAUGACAGAUGAGAGAUGUCUAACAGAACAUCCCACUAAUCAAAAUAACAAUGAAACRGCCCACAGGUCAUAAUUCAGUAUACAUUAUGGCUUUAAUUAUUGUAAUUCUUUUGGAUUUUUUUUGCCUGAAGUUCUCUUCUCCAGCACCCCCAAAUAUUACCAUGUAAACGUUUUCUACUCUUGGGCGAGCUUAGGGAAACAUUAAGAUGUGUCAAGAUUUUCUGUAGUUUGACUUUUUUGACUUCUUUUUUUUUUCUUCUUUUUCAAGAUAUUGUUUUAGCUGUCCAAAGUGUUGCUAGUAACAGGCUUUUAAAAGAAAAAAAUGUUAAUGUUUUGCUUCAAGAGACAGUUGUGACUAACACUUUCUUAGAGCGGUGAAGUUUCUUUAGGAGGGAAACCCAUUCAGAAUUCAAAUCAAUAGACCAAACCAUCAGAUUACAACAUAAUUUUGCUUUAUUGUGCUGCUCCAUAAACCUGCUUCUGUGUUUGUUGCAAGCAUAACCUUUAUGCUUUUGUUUACAUUGUAGGAAACACAGCUCUAGCAAUGAAUUUUUUUCAUUUAACUCUAAACAUCUUUUUAU